AUGCUUGCUGGCCAAUACAAUGCCGUUGCCGGAGCUUUGGCCAAGAGCGGUGUAGGUUCCUGCCAGACUUGUGUCCAAAUUCCACCCUCACACCACCUACCUACCUACUAUUGCGAACCUACCAUUGGCCAGGCAGACAAUCACCGGCCACAAAGUGAACUUGAGCGCGUGGUCAGUGCAAUAGCUCUAGCAGACCCUGCAUAUCGCUGUCGCUGUCGCGAAUGCGAGUAUAGGUCGAGCCUCCUUUCUUGCAACCUCUUCCAAAAACAUCCACCAACCCUCCACCACAUUCCGGCAUCCAAGCAGUUCCACACCUUCCAUACCCAUCCGACACUCAUCCAAGCUUCCACAACACCAUCACCAUCAUCACCGACAUCAUCAACAAUGUCUGACGCAGGAUCCAACCAAGAGUAUCAGCCAGAGAAGGAGAAGCCAAAGCGCAAGUCCACCAAGGGUCGCAGCUUGGUUCGCUGGAACCCAUCCACUGACCAUGUCGCAGCCGACGAGGACCAGUUGGCGCUGCUCUGCGUCGAGUACAUCGUCACCACCCAAGGCGUUCCGCUCGACUGGAAUGAGGUCGCCAAAGUCCAUUCCGACAACACCUCCGGCGAAGCAAUCAAGCAGCACUUGUCCAAGCUGCGCAAGGCUCGCGAGGAGGCCGACCUUCUAGUUCCACCACCGAUUGACCGCAAGUCCACUGCUGCUCGCAAGGCUCGCGGCCGCAAGCGCAAGGCUGAGACGAUUCCCGAAGAGUACGAUGGCGUUGACGAUGCUCCUACUGCUGCCAAGCCAAAAUCGACUUCCGUCAACAAGUCCGGCUCUCUCCUCUACAACAAGCCAAGCAAGCGUUCCAUUAACUUCAAGGCCAAGAAGGCCGCUGCCGCUGCCGCCGCCAAGAAGGAGAAGGACGUCAAGAACGAGCCAAAAUCUGAGUCCGACGCCACCGAGGAGGUCCCAGUCCCAGCCAAGAAGCCAAAAGGCAAGAAGAACCGCAGUGCCGGCCUUACCGAUCUCCCUCCGGUCUCCUCCGCUCAGUCCUCCUUCGAUAGCUCUGCUGUCUCCUCCGCUCCAUCCUACUACUCCUUCGCUGCCUCCGAUCAGACCACCGGCAUCACUGUGCCACAGCAGAAGGUGGAGACAUCCGAGCCCGAGCCCGCCAUCAUGGAGCAGCAGAACUUCGCCUACGCUCCUCUCGGCGAUCCUUUCCUCGGCGCCGAGCUCCCAACCAGCAUGCCCUACGACUAUAGCAUGGCUGGAGAGGCAUUUCUGCCAUCGUUCAGUGGACUUGCCACCACUCACACGAACGACCUCCGUCUCUUCACCGGCAGCUACGAGUCCGGCGAGUAUUCCGGAGCUUACUUUGGCGGUGGAGUCCCAGAAGCACCGCGUCUUGACUGGUUGGGAGAUUCUUUCCCUUCGGGUGAGCAGGGAGAGUUUGUCCUCUGGGAGGCAUUCUGGCAUGAUUCUAUAGGAGAUAAGAAGUGGCCUUUUUGGGCUGGAAUUUACUGUGCUCGUGAGUUCCUUUUUCGUGGAGAUGGGUCUUAUGUGACCUGUUGCGCGUUCACGUUUACCCAUUUCUGUAGCUUCGCUUCUAAGUGGAGAUGGCUUUUGUAUAACUCGUUAUACGUUCACGUUUACCCAUUUCUCUUUCCUCGCUUCGAUACUCGAGGUAAUAGUACGCACAUAAGUUCGUUUUUCGGUGCAGAUGACUCACCUCCGAUAAAACAAGGCUUCUUAGCACUCCGGGCGUUUUGCAAAGAACUCGUGCCUAGCAAAGUAGGCAGAGACAGUCUUUGGGUGGACUCUGGUUUGUCCACUUCUAUGAGGUUUUCGGCAUUUCUUAGGGUCGAUUCCGACAAGACGGAGGUUUCUCAGCCCCCCGUGUGUAUUGCGAGCUCUUCAUGUUUCCCGCAUUUAUUGGGCCUCGACUCCGAUAAGAAGGGGUUUCUCAGCUGUCUAUAUCUAUUGCGAGCUCCUCAUGGUUUGGAAAAAAAAUUGCAGAGAUGGCGGUUAGGAUUCUUUACAGUUCAGCUCCCAAAAAUCGAAGGUUGUAAGGCUUCCAGAUCAUUUCGCGAGGCCGAAACUUGUCCAAUUUUCUGCGAUUCCCAGAACGACUUCCAUAAAUUGCGCGUUCUCCGUGUUAUUCUGCGAGUCACUUAUGGGAGCGCUUACGUGGUACAGCACCGCCGUUAUUGCCGUGUCCCAAAGUUCGAAAAGGUUGUCCUCUUGGCAGAGUUAUAUCGCCUUCGAAGCGUGGUGCUAGCGCGUCCGCAGCUGGGCGUCGUGAAUCAUCUGCGUGAACGUCUCUCGCGGCAAGAGAGUCUCCGUGCGAGCAGCGGCUACUCUCGCCGUUGCUUCGGCGAAGUUGAUUUCUCUGGCAAGUCCGGUAUUGUCGUCAAGUCUUUAGUGCUCGUCCACUUUGCAUUAUGUAUAGCCGAGCUCUUCAGCAUCUAUGCUUCCAACCAUGUUUCGAGAAAGCCUUCGAGAAAACUCCUGUUCAUCUGCCUUCUUAGCCCUCCAGUUCCGCCGGCGAGGCAUUUGUACCGUGGACUAUAUCUCGAGAAGGCCAUACAGUUGACCGAGACUUGUCCAAAUUUGCUUGGAUUUCAACGGGCUUUCGAGCUUCAGCUCCAAAGCAUUCGCGUUUUCGAUUACGUCUCGAAAUAG